GGGCUGGUGACCACCUUGCACGAGGGUGAGGACUUUGGGGACCUGGCGGUGGUGAACGGGUCCCCUCGAUCGGCCACCAUCAUCCUCCGCGAGGACAACUGCUUCUUCCUCCGCGUGGACGAGCAAGACUUCAACCGCAUCCUGAGGGAUGUGGAGGCCAACACUGUCCACCUGAAGGAGCUUGGCAAAGAUGUCCUCGUGCUGGAGAAGUCAUCUCAAGUGGGACUCACUCCCGGUCAAGGGGUCUCACCCGGCAAGUACUCGGUGAUGUACGGGACUCCGGAGAAGAUUCUGGAAUACCUCCUGGAGACCAUCAGCCUAGACAUGGUCUACAGCGACCCCGCAG